AUGCGUUUAAAGGACUCAAAGUUCAGAGAGUUUGAUUAUUUCUGGCAUUUGUUGUCCAUUCCAGUAGAUAAGCUGGUGAAGGGACGCUAUCAGGACAACUACGAGUUCGUCCAGUGGUUCAGACUCUUCUUCCUCGCUAACUACACCACUGAGGUGGAGACGUACGAUGCACUCAAGGCCAGAAGUGGUAAAUCCAUGCCCAGAAUGGGUAUUGUUUGUGUCACAGUCGUAGUCCCGUCUGGGGUCCUCACUCAGAACUCAGAUAGACCACGAAUCACACAGUUGGAGGCUCAAGUCGAGUCUUUCAACUCCAGAGUUGAGUGUCUGACCAAAGAGCGAGAUUUUUAUUACAACAAACUGGUCGAAAUUGAGAAAUUGGUCAGAAAUGUCCCCUUCAAGGACCAGUUUGUGUCUUCUGUCGAAAUGGUUCUGUUUGCUGUGGAGCCGAACCCGUUUAAGACAGCAAAUGGACGAGCUCACCCAACUCAGUUCAAGUGUAGGGUCACAAGGAAUUCUAAUAAGGAACUUAAAGAAGGAAGUGAGUAUGUUCUUGCGGAGCAACAGCCCCCUACUUCAUUCAGUCAAACAAAUCUGGAUUCAGGACACAACAAGAACAGCAUUAAUUCAUUUAAAUCGAAAGAUGCUUGUUUUGGAAGACAAAUACAAACAACUUGGUCGAAUCCUGGCCAAAAAUUACGAAGUUAUGAGCGACAAAAUCAGUUUUCUGUUCAAUACGAAUUCGAAGUUGAGGGACGACCAUUCGAGUUGUUUGAUAUUCCCAUUUUAGAAAUCCUGGCCAGUUCUAAGGAAAUGGAAAGACGACUAAACGAUGAGAUAUCUGAGCAGAAACAGCGUGACCAAGGAAAAAUAAUCGACUUAACUGCCCAGACCAGGGAAUUGCAGACUGCUCUAAAUAACAUGAAAGGGCAAUUUCAACGUGAAAAGAUUGACUCAUCACGUUUGCCGUGUCGAGUCAUCUUUUUAGAACUGGCUGGGAAGUUACAGAACGAAUUGACUAUCAUACAACAAGAAAACAAAUCUCUUGCAACUGAAAAGUAUUUUCUUUUAUGA